AACACGGAACUAAUUUUGAGGAAUUCAAACGAACGUCACCCACCACCCGGGAAUUGCAACAUACAAGUGAACCGCGUCAUUUGACUGAUAAUGAUAAGAAUGCGUAAGAAGAAACGACGAGCGACGAAUAUCAGUGUGUGGCGGACAUUUGGUCGAGUAACGUAAGUCAUUGCGCUAAGAAAAAACAAAUGUUCCGUAAAAAUAGCUGUAUCGUCACGCGCUUGAGAUUUUUGUCAAGAAAAUAUCACAAUGAGGCGUCGAUUAUUGGCAGCGAACAAGACACCAGUUCCCCGGUGUAUCAGGAAAACUACAGCCAGAUGAAAAUCCUUGUUGAUCAGCUGCGGGCCACUGUAGAAAAAGUAGUUCAAGGCGGAGGCGAAAAGGCAAGAUCCCGUCAUGUUAAGCUUGGGAAAUUGUUGCCGAGGGAAAGGAUCGACACUCUCCUCGAUAAGGAUUCCGCAUUUCUAGAACUAUCCCAGCUGGCCGGUUAUCAAAUGUAUGGAACAGACGAAGUCCCAGCGGGUGGACUUAUCACAGGAAUUGGAAAAAUAUCAGGACAAAACUGUGUUAUAAUAGCGAAUGAUGCGACGGUCAAGGGUGGUUCAUACUAUCCGAUAACUGUGAAGAAGCAUUUGCGUGCCCAGGAAAUAGCACAAGACAACGAGUUGCCAUGUAUCUACUUGGUGGACAGUGGAGGGGCGAACUUGCCGCGUCAGGCGGAGGUAUUUCCAGACAGGGAUCACUUUGGUAGAUUCUUUUACAACCAAGCUAACAUGAGCGCUCGUGGUAUAGCUCAAAUCGCAGUUGUAAUGGGAAGCUGCACUGCCGGCGGAGCCUACAUCCCUGCCAUGUCCGAUGAGAAUAUAAUCAGCAAAAAUGGCACUAUUUUCUUGGCAGGACCUCCACUCGUCAAAGCUUCAACUGGGGAAGACGUUACCGCAGAAAAUCUGGGAGGAGCAGAUCUGCACUGUCGAACUUCUGGGGUUACUGACCACUAUGCAAUUGACGAUCCUCACGCUUUGUACUUGGCUCGACGCAUGGUGAAGAAUUUGAAUCGUCAAAAAUGUUCAACUAUCCCGAUUGAGAAGGAUAUUUCCGCACCUAUUUACCCAGCUGAGGAAAUCUAUGGUAUCGUUGGAGCUAAUUUGAAGCGUCCUUACGACGUUAGGGAAGUUAUAGCGCGGAUAGUUGAUGGCUCAGAGUUUGACGAAUUUAAGGAACAGUAUGGAGAAACUUUGGUCACCGGGUUUGCCAGACUGCAUGGCUGCCCAAUAGGAAUUGUUGCUAACAAUGGUAUACUGUUCUCUGAAAGCGCACUUAAAGGUGCUCAUUUUGUGCAGCUGUGCGCGCAGAGAAAGAUACCCCUGAUAUUUCUCCAGAAUAUUACUGGUUUUAUGGUCGGAAAAGACGCCGAAUCCGGCGGCAUAGCCAAAAACGGUGCGAAAAUGGUAACUGCAGUGGCAUGUGCUCAAGUUCCCAAGAUCACCUUGAUCAUAGGAGGAUCGUACGGUGCUGGAAAUUACGGUAUGUGCGGUCGGGCUUUUUCUCCAAGGUUUAUGUACUCCUGGCCUAAUGCUAGGAUAUCUGUAAUGGGCGGAGAACAGGCAGCUGGAGUUUUGGUUCAAAUUACAAAAAAUCAGCGAGCUCGAGAGGGAAAGCAAUGGACCCAAGAGGAGGAAGACAAGUUAAAGAAUCCGAUAAUUGAACAGUUUGAGGCUGAAGGCAAUCCCUACUAUUCCAGUGCCAGACUCUGGGAUGACGGAGUGAUUGAUCCAGUUGAUACUCGCGCGGUACUGGCAUUGAGUUUGGCAGCAGCAUUAAAUACGCCGAUUUUAGACAGCACCUUCGGCGUUUUCCGAAUGUAAAUCGACGCGGAACGAUGUACUUACUGUCAAUUAUUUUAAUUGUAAAAAGUUUUUUUUAUACGUUUAUAACAUGUAUGGAUCUAUAGCCUUCGACAGGAAUCAUGUAACAUAGACAUAUUUUUCCAAAGAAUCGGCAGUUGGGGUAAGGAAAUAAGAGAUACGUAUAUUUACAAGAGUAAAUGCUUGUAUGUAUGUAUGAAAAUAAAAUAAAGAAAUGGCAUGAAUUCUACGAAUUUACUACAGUGAAACUUCAUAAUAGCGGACAACUUCGGGGCUGAAAAUUUUGUCAGUUAUUGAGGAGUAUCUGUUAUUCAGAACAACAUCAACGUUUAAAUUGUGUUACUGGAAAUUUUUAGCCUGUCCGUUGUAAAGAGGAAUUCAUUAUUGGGAGGUGUCCGUUAAGAGAAGUUUCACUAUAUUGCCAUUUCGUAAAAUCUAUACCAUUUCUUCAUUCCUGCAUCGAAUGAAAACACACUUGAGUGCCUUUGUUUAAAGUUGCGUAUACAAUGGGGCUGUUAAGUCCUUUGUCGCUUUUGAGGUACAUGGAAUUUGAUAUUUAGAGAUUUAUACGUCAACUUCGAAAUUGACAAAGGCCCCCCCUUAAACAGGGUAUUUUGUGUGGGCAUAACCUGCAACCUUUCUCCCCUGUUAAAAGAGGAGUUCCUUUUAUUUCUUAUCAAUUUAAAUUCUUUCAAUCAAGGACCUAGACUAUUCACACUGAGGUUGCAAGAACUACCGGCUCUCGCAAAACCACAGAUGUAACACUAUAUAUGAUCUAGUAUUUUUCAUGUAAUAAUCAUGUAAUAAAUUAUUUGCUGAAUUA